UUUUAGCUUAAUUUAAUUUUCUUUAAUAUUUCCAGGAUUCCAAAUCUCCUUCACCAAGACCAAAUAUGCCAGUCUGGUACUUUAUAAUGAAAAGUAGCAACGUGCAAAACAUUGAUAUUUCUCAACAGAAGGGUAUAUGGUCUACUACGCCGAGUAAUGAGCGAAAGCUAAAUAGAGCCUUUUGGGAGAGCAGCAUGGUUUACUUGAUAUUUUCUGUUCAAGGGUCUGGACACUUUCAGGGUUUUGCUAGAAUGGCAUCAGAGAUAGGGUGUGAGAAAAGUCAAGACUGGGGAUCUGCUGGUUUUGGAGGUGUAUUUAAGGUGGAGUGGAUCCGAAAAGAAAGCAUUCCUUUCCAGUUUGCACACCAUUUGCUCAACCCUUGGAAUGAUAAUAAGAAAGUACAAAUAAGCAGGGAUGGCCAGGUAAUGUUCUCUUCUAAAGUCUUCCUUACUUGGUGUAUUGUUUGUUAGCUUGUUUAGCCUUGACAUUUA